UUAUUACGUGUAUACAUCUAUAUCUCUCUCUCCAUAACAAGGUAAGAAAGAUUUUGGAUGAUUCACAUGAACUUCUGUUUCAUGCUUCUUUUCCGUAACCCUAAUUUUAUAAACUUUUCAAUGGCUUCUUGGUAUUUCCGCUGUGUCGGUCUCGAUCCUUGAACUAACUUCAAUUUCACCUUCCUCUUCCCUAAAUCCACUUAUCGAUUUUUAAAUUACCAAUUUCAAAUAAAAAAACUGAGAAGAUGAUGAUUAAAAAGAAGAAGAAUAGUGAUAGCGGAAACGUGAAGAAGAAGAGGUUUCUGAUCACUGUGAAUGUGCUUGGAAGUUCUGGACCUUUGCGAUUUGUGGUCAACGACGAUGAUAAAGUGUCGGAAGUUAUUGAUUCGUCUCUGAAGAUGUAUGCUCGCAGUGGACGGCUUCCUGUUCUUGGCUCCGAUUUUAACAAGUUCUUGCUUUAUCCAUCAAAUGCAGAUCAAUCUGAAGCAAUGAAAGCGAAUGAAGUAGUGGGGUCUUGUGAUGAAAGGACUUUUGUGAUGUGCAAGAAGCAGAAUCAUCCCCAUAUGACCGACUCACGGUCUGAUAUGAUAACGCGCUACCGUUGGAGUCGUGGUUGGAAGACAUGGUUCAAGAUUUUAACUCUGUAAUAUUCAAAAUACAAUCUCGUAUAUUGAUAUGUUUAUUAUGCAGAGCGCGAGUCUCAAUAACCACAUGUUCACUUUCUCAAAAAUACCAUCGAUAUACGCAUAUGCAGAAUUUUAUCUGCAUAAUAAAAUGUGGUUAUUCACCAUUGUAAUCAUAUUUGUUAAGAUUUGGACCUUAAUGUUUAAGAUGUAAUAAUUUGCGAUUUUAUUGAGGUAAAAAGUGUCUCUCAUGCA